AUGGCUGAUGGAGGUGAUGCACCAGACGAUUCGAUAUUCGAUUUGAGCAAAAAGAAGAAGAAGAAGAAGCCAAAAGAUGAUGCUGCAGGCGCUGAAAAAGAGGGCGAUGAGAAUACUCCCACCGAACAGCAAACAGCAACGAAAGAAAAGAAGAGCAAGAGCGUUGCUUUCGCUGCUGAAGCAUCGGAAAAUCAAGAAAAUCAAAAUACUGAACCAGCAGCCGGUGGUGCGGCUGGAGACGAUGACGAUGAUGAUGACGUUCUUGCUACUCGUAAGAAAAAGAAGAAGAAAUCAGUGAAAACGGACGCAACUGGCGAAGGCGAUCUUCAAAAAGAAACGACAACCGGAACAGCUGGUGAUGAAACAGCAAUCGAUACGACAUCCGUACAAGGGGAAUACACCUAUGAUGAUUUACUAACUCGGGUAUUCAAUAUCAUUCGUGAAAAGAAUCCUAAUGUCAUCGAAGGUGAAAAAAUCAAAUUAACUUUGAAACCACCACAAGUAGCACGUAUCGGCACAAAACGUACCUCAUUCUCCAAUUUCGGUGAAAUCUGCAAAUCACUUAAACGACAAGAGAAACAUUUACAUCAAUACCUACUUGCUGAAUUGGGUACAAAUGGUUCCAUCGAUGCCAACAAUGCAUUGAUCAUCAAAGGACGUUUUCAACAGAAACAAAUCGAAAGUGUCCUUCGAUCAUAUAUCAAGGAAUACGUUAUUUGUAAAACGUGUCGAUCGCCUGAUACUUUGUUGCAGAAGGAAGAACGUCUAUCCGUACUUUUGUGUAAUAAUUGUCGUUCGCGCUACUUCGUUUCCGGUAUCAAGACUGGUUUUCAAGCUCAAGUUGGCAAACGUGCUGCAACACGUGCGAAAGCGACUUGA